CAAAAUUCAACAGUGCUAAAGAAUAAUGACACGUUAAACAACACCAAUAACACUCUAACGAUACAAAACACAACACUAAUACAGAACGUCACUUCGGUACAAAGCUCUGCAAAACCUGACACCGCACAAGGACUCCCCGGCAACGGAACAUACAAAGGCGAUGGCACCUGGUACAAAAUGACUGCCAACGUCCAAAUAGCAGGCCAAGUCUCAUGCAACAGUAAGCUCUAUAACCACUAUGAUGAUUACAUUGUUGCACUCAAUAAACCAGAUUACCUUAAAUAUGCGCCAGAAAAACAUAACAAUAGCGCGCCCCCUAGUUUGGCAUGCGGUAAGAAAGUCAGGAUUUAUCACAUGAAUGAUGAGAAAAGCCCGACUAAAAGUGUUGAUGCAACUAUUGUUGACUUGUGCCCAGAAUGUAAGUCUGGCGAUUUGGAUUUGUAUCCGGUGGUGUUUAAUAAGUUGUCAAAUCAGAGUACUGGACGGAUUAGUAUAAGUUGGGAGUUUCUUGACGGUGAACCUCAGGCAAAGGAUUCAAAUGCAAACCGUCAAUUUUAUUUGGCGAAUUAUAGCGCUUUAAUAUUCGCUUUGAGUCUUUACCUUGGCUAUGUGUAG